UUCCCAUCUUUUAUCAUUGGGAAUCCAGAAUAAUCAGAAUUUCUCUGCGCGGAUAAGCGGAAGAUCGAAAUCGAACUUCAAAUACCAAAUCGUUUACCUUCUUUGAUCCGAUCUCUUGCUCUGCACUUCGUCAGUAGUGAAAAUGUCUUCGACUUUCAGCGGUGAUGAAACUGCCCCCUUCUUCGGAUUCCUCGGCGCUGCUGCUGCCCUCGUUUUCUCAUGCAUGGGAGCAGCUUAUGGAACCGCGAAGAGCGGAGUUGGUGUAGCAUCGAUGGGUGUGAUGAGGCCAGAGCUGGUGAUGAAAUCGAUUGUGCCCGUGGUUAUGGCGGGAGUUUUAGGUAUUUAUGGUUUGAUUAUUGCGGUGAUUAUUAGUACCGGUAUCAACCCUAAGGCCAAGUCUUAUUACCUUUUCGAUGGUUAUGCACAUCUCUCCUCUGGUCUUGCUUGUGGUCUUGCCGGGCUGUCUGCCGGUAUGGCUAUUGGGAUUGUUGGCGAUGCCGGUGUUAGAGCUAAUGCACAACAGCCUAAGCUCUUUGUGGGGAUGAUCCUGAUUCUCAUUUUUGCCGAAGCUCUGGCUCUCUAUGGAUUGAUUGUUGGCAUCAUUCUCUCUUCUCGUGCCGGUCAAUCAAGAGCUGAGUAAAAAAGAUGGCCUUUGGCUUGGUGUUUGUUCUUUUAUUGUGAUCCAUGAAGAACUAUUUCUAUAUUUGCUCAGGACUUGAGCAUUGGUGUAUCCUGGCAAGUGUUUUCCGUUUCAAAUUAUUUUGUACUUGUGUAAUUGUUUACCCGCUGGACAGGGUAUUGGCUAUAACUGGAGGUAGAAUAUAGCGAUAGAAAUUAGUAUUUCCCUGCAAUAAAAUUAGCUUGUCAUCCGGUACUGUAACCUGUGGAUCGAUUGAAGCUCUUGUAGAAUAAUUGAGUACUAUUUAGGCCAUUUUACGUCAAGAAAACGUUUUGGUUGUGUGAGAGGAAC